GAAAAAUCUUGAAUUUGUAAGCAUACAUGUUUAUCGCUUGAUUUCCGGCGCAUCAGAAUAGCAUAAGAAUGCCCCAAACAGCGCGUCGUAUGAAUGUGUCUGAUUUCAAGCUUGACAAACAAAUCGGGAGUGGUGCAUUUAGUAAAGUCGUCAUCGGUCUUCAUAUACCGACAGGUGUGUACUAUGCGGUUAAGCUCAUUUCUAAGAGAACCAUUUUAAAUGCGCCAACCGAUGAGGAGCGAAUCAAAAUGGCUGAGGCAGCACGACGGGAAUCGAGAAUGCUUCUGAUGUGUGUUCACCCAAACAUUGUGCGGUUCUUUGGAUCUAUGCAGACACCGGAAGAUUUAGUAUACAUCACAGAACUGUGCGAAGGGGGUGAGCUUCUCGAUGCGAUAAAACGACACCAUCGCAUUCCAUUAGAUGCUAGUAGACACGCCAUCGCCGAGCUCUUUUCGGCAGUAUUUUACUUGCAUCAUGGGGAGAAGAAGAAUCUAUCCCUCCCAGGAGCUCCACCGAAACCUACCACAGUCUUGCAUCGCGACAUUAAGCCCGAAAACGUAAUGCUCAGUGCCAAUAUGCAUGUCAAGUUGAUUGAUUUUGGAACUGCAGUUGUGUGUGAUUCAGUUAACGACCGCCCCGAGGGUGAGACGAGUGGUGGCGGACGUGCACAAACGUUUUGUGGAACUUCCUAUUAUAUGUCCCCCGAGCUACUCCAAGACAAUUACACUUGUUGUGCAUCGGACUACUGGGGUUGUGGCUGCGUUCUUUAUCACAUGCUUGUGGGGAAGCGUCCAUUUGAUGCACCAACGCAGUAUCUCCUCGUGAGGGCGGUUAUAGAGCAGGAGCCGGAGUAUCCCGAAGAGUUGGACCCAUUUGCAAAAGAUCUUAUUAGAAAGUUACUAAUAAAAUCACCCGAAAAACGUAUUUCGAUGCAUGAAAUCAAGGCUCAUCCUUUUUUUGCGACAGUUGGUUUCAAUAAUCUUAUGUCUGUAAACGUUGAGAAUAAGUGGGUAAAAGAGACGCCAUGGGUGGAUGCGGGAUCAGCCAUGAAAUGUGCAGAUUGUAAGAGGUCGUUCUUCACAUUUCGUAGGAAGGAUUACUGCAGGUUGUGUGGUAAUUACUUUUGCCUUCGGUGCCUUCCCGAGAGGCGCGCUAUUGUUGCAUUUCGUCAUCGCUCCCCACAGGUGGUUUGCUCGCUUUGCUGCAAGAAGCUUGAUCGACUAUAGCAAUGACCUGAUUAUGAGCAACUUACAUGCAACAUCAUAAAUAUGCACCUUGUUUGCUUGAGGCUUCUACUAUGCCCAUUAUGCAGCGUCAUCUACUUGCUGCGUUUGGUUCGCUCAAAAGCCAUAUUUUAACUGACAGACAAGUAAGAACUCUACCACACAUAUGAACAUCUGAAUACCCACAU